ACAUAUAGCGUUGUAAAAAUAAAUAUGGCGCAUGUCUUAACAGCGCAGUUGAUUAUUAAGCAGUGUUCAUACUUGCAUGCAUACAUUUAGUUCAGGAUAUCAAUUUUGUUCUACCGAGACGAAUAAUUGCUAGGGUAUUAUGAGGGACCAUUUUCCCCAUUCAACAAUCCCUAACAAUUCAGUAAUCAUCGUCAUUCGCCCGCCCCCCGAUUCUGAUGUAAUAGGUACCUACUUCAAUUCCGUGGUAAAUACCUUUAAGCAUCCAUUAAUAUUAUGAAAAUGUUUCAAAUUGAGACAGGCCAACAUUUUUUCGAUAGAAAACAAUUUGUACAUAGGUAAACAGUGGAAAAUCAAAGAACGCGAGUUACCUAAGUGUAACCGGCAUAGAGAUAACGGUUCAUAAAUAGGUAGGUGCUUACUUGCGUCGGUGUCUUAUGAACGUUGCUUUGGUAAUCAUCCCACUAGCGACAUCUGCCUAAGGAAUUUGCAAGUUUUGACAAACAAAAAGGUGGCGCCACUUAGCUCAAUGAACAAUGUACCAAGUAGGUAUAAUUCCUGACAACAGAUGUCGCUGUUGUCUGGGGAAUUUAUUGGCGCCAUUUUUGACUAAGUUUCGUAGGUAGUUUUUUUUAUUGUUCGUUGAUCGUCAUUUACAUAUGCAAAAAGUAUUGUCUGUGUAUACUGCGAGUAAUAAACGUGCAUUAUAAAACCUUUUACAUCCAUUGUUUAGCUAAUAAAACAUAAGUUUGCUUACCUGAAGUGUAACCUGGGUCCAAAGAUCUUAGGCUUCCGGUAGUUUUCUACACCUAUCAAGUCGUUUAAAAAUUCAAUACAGGACUUAAGACUUAAGUUUUCGAUAUAGUUUUGAAACACCGUCCACGCCACGCUAACUUGUACUGCAUUUAAUUUAUCACUGCAUAGAGUCGACUGUAGAUUAAUUAUCAAAAUAAUAUGCUCACAUUGAAGAGUUGUCAACCUGGAAAAACUUAACUGAAUUUAUGAGAACGCAAGAACGGUUCGUUUUGGAAUUUCCCAAUUUGUAAUUUGACAAGAUUGUCUAAUGUUGCCUUGUUAUUAGCCCAAAUAUUGGGAUACAAGUAUUUUGAUGCACUUUUGUCUGAUCUAAUAAAUAAUUCCAUCAAUAUUAGAAUAAAUUGUAACAACUAAUUGCUUAAUCAUUUAUUCUACGUAAGUGAUUUUGGUUAAGUAAAAUAAUAUUAAUAUCAAUAUAUAAUCCUUCGUACUAUCACUUUUGUGUAAUUUAAACAAUGGAGUGCUCACCAAAUACGGGUCACAAACCUGCCCGUAUUUAACAAAGGAUUCUUAUACGUCCUAUAAACAGCUAAAUAGCGAAGUUAUAAACUACGUGUCGUGAAGUGCUAGCAGGAUAACAUUCCGUUUUAGGUCGAUUAUCAUGUUGGGCCAAACGUUUGUGACAAAUACCUACGUACGGAUUCGGCUUUGAUUCAGCGCAGUAAAUAAUUUAGUGCGUUUUACGCCGCGAGAGAGAGCUUACGUCCGUUCAAUUUAUCCUUGUGAAGUGCAUUCACUUCGCGUGUGUAUGUUUUAAAUGUAACUGACCUUAGUGCAAAGAGUAAUUGCCAAAUCGACUAAAAUAAAAUGUUUCUGUGCAAGUGAAAAUAAUAAUAUAAACACUAUUUUUUUUUAUCACAAAAUGUGAAAUUUGGAUGUCAAUAACAACAGUUUGAACUAUAUAGGUACUGCUACGAAGAUGAGCCUGUGUGUGUGGGUGCUGGUCGCUUGCGCGGCCACUGCGCAUGCGCUCCGGGUCGGCGUCGGGAUCGCUGACGUCACCGGGCCCCCCGCCGAGAUCACGUUUAUGGGCUACGCUCAACUGGAGCAAUCUGGUCAAGGCAUCCACUUGAGACAGUUCUCGAGAGCAUUUGUUAUAGACGAUGGCCCUGAAGAUAAAGCAGGAAGGCUGGUAUUCGUAUCCGUUGAUGCCGCCAUGAUGGGUCAUGGUGUGAGGAAGGAGGUGAUAAAACGCCUCCAGAAGCGUUACGGCGACCUGUACGGUGAACACAACGUGAUCAUCAGCGGGACUCACACGCACUCCACGCCGGGAGGGUUCCUCAUGGACUUCCUCUUCGACCUGCCGAUCCUGGGCUUCGUCAAGGAGACCUAUAUAUCUUAUAUUAUUGGGAUUUAUAAGAGUAUAGUGAUAGCUCAUACGAAGCUGACAGAAGCCCGAAUGGUGUAUAACGAGGCUGAACUUCUGGAUGCCAACAUCAACAGGUCCCCUACGUCUUAUCUACGGAACCCUCCGGAGGAGAGAGCUCGAUACAAAUACGACGUCGACAAGACCCUCUCGCAGAUCCGCUUCGUGUCUCCCGAGGACAAGGUCCUGGGUGUUAUCAACUGGUUCGCGGUGCACCCCACCAGCAUGAACAACACCAACCGGCUCAUCUCCUCCGAUAACGUCGGGUACGCUUCUAUUCUUAUGGAGAAGGCGCUCAACGGGAAUACUACUUUGCCUGGCAAGGGUAGCAUAGUAUGUGCAUUCGCAUCUACGAACCUGGGCGACGUGUCCCCGAACACUCGCGGGCCGCGCUGUGAGUUCUCCGGUAAGGUCUGUGACCAGGAAUCGCUGCUGUGCAAGCUCCCCAAGGAGAGGUGCUUCGCAUCAGGACCCGGGAAUGACAUGUUCGAUAGUACCCGGAUCAUCGCUACCAAGAUGUUCAAGACUGCUAUGGAGCUGAUUAACCAGCCAGGCGAAGAUCUGACAGGUCCUGUGGGUAUAAUGCAUCAGUACGUUAACAUGCCGGAGGAAGAGGUGUCACCGUUUGACCCUGUAACUGAAACAUUUAAUACGAGUGUGUCGGUGUACGGCUGCUCGCCGGCGAUGGGCUACAGCUUCGCGGCGGGCACCACGGACGGGCCCGGCGCCUUCGACUUCCGCCAGGGGACCACCACCUCCAACCCGCUCUGGAACGCCGUCAGGGACUUCAUCGCCGAGCCCACCAGGGAGGACGUCAAGUGCCACGCGCCCAAACCCAUACUGCUGGCUACGGGGCGGGCGAAGUUUCCCUACGAGUGGCAGCCGAAGACAGUAUCCUGUUCAGUCGCCCGCAUCGGGGGGCUGUUCCUGGCUGCUGUGCCAGGGGAGUUUACCACCAUGUCCGGAAGAAGGUUGAGGAACAUCAUCGCGAAGACUGCCCCCGAAGCCAAGAGGGUGGUGCUCGCUGGUCUCGCGAACAUUUAUUCAGAUUAUAUCGCUACUCCUGAAGAGUAUCAGGCUCAAAGAUACGAAGCUGCAUCCACGAUCUACGGUCCACACACACUCGACAUCUACCUGAACAAAUAUGUAGAGCUAACGAAGGCCCUAAUCUCUAGCACCCCGCUCCCGGCCGGCCCGCCGCCCCCGGACCUGAGCGGGCAGCUGAUCUCGCUGGUGGCGCCCGUGCUGUGGGACUCCGCGCCCUGGAGACACGAGUUCGGGGACUGCCUCAAGCAGCCCUACAAGCAGUACAGCUACGGAGAUGUUGUCACUACGCAGUUUGUGUCGGGCCACCCGCGCAACAGCAUCCGCCACGGGCGCUGGUUCGCGGCCGUGGAGCGCCUCGAGUCCGAGCAGGACGACGCCUGGACUGUGGUCGCCACCGACGCGGACUGGGAGACCAAGUUCAUCUGGAUCCGUGACUCCAAGGUAAUGGGUACAAGUCGCGCGGAGAUAGAGUGGGAGAUCCCCGUGGGGACCCCCCCAGGAGUGUACAGGAUCCACCACUUCGGCAACUACAAGUACGUGCUCGGGGGGAUAUACCCCUACCAUGGGUUCACUGAUAGCUUCGAAGUCUCUUAAGACUGGUGAUAACCACCAGUGGGUAUUCAAAUAUGGACUUUAACUUUUAGUGGUUAAGGUACGUAUUGCAAUGAUUUGAAGUGGCUGGUGAAGGAUAAAACUUUACAUCGCCGCCUGUGAUUAUUUAAAUGUGGACUUUAAUUUGUUGUUAUUAACGUACAUAUUACAGGGAGUGGGCAAGCUCGCUUUCCGUUGAUGAGAUUCGAAAAGAGUUUUCUUAUAUUCAUAUUGCGAUUUGAAAAUUGAUAUAUCAUUAUUGAAUUAUUCUCGCGAUAGUUACUAUCAAAAUAUUUAAAGUCAGUUGGAUUUUGAUAAAAACCUUUUAGGAGAUAGGUACUUUGAUUACAGCAGAAGUGUUUUAUUUUGGGAGUAUAAGUUUCAUGGAACUACUUCCUCAUGUUGUUUAAAUAUUAAACAUGUUACAUAGAAGAAAACACAUUAUUUUGCUUAUAGUAAGCUACUAAAUUGCCUAUUUGUAAAUAAUAUAUCAUAUUGUAAGAUUUUAAGUCUAUUUAAGUAUAUUAUUGUGCCUUCAUCAAUCGGGACCAUGAAUGUACCAUGAUUUCUUAGAGCAAAAUUGAUAGAGCGAGAUAGCGCGAUACGUGAUGGGUAGUGGCGUCUCGCUUCCACAAGCCCUUUGUGAAGUGCUCAUAGCGUUAUUUAAUGCUACUUAUGUACUAUGCCAGAAAAUCCAGUUUUUAAACUUAAUCGUCACUUUGACUUAAUCCUAUACUUAAGACUAUUAUAAACCUCGCACGUUUAAAUUAAGUAUUCUGUUUAUAUUAUUCUUACUAAAUAUUUUUGCUAUAACGCCAUAAAUUAUUAGAUUAUUAAUGCAAAUAAAUGAUAUACUUACUUAUUAAAAAAUAUGUUAUAAAAUGCAAUUCUAUAAGAAAAUCAAAGAACAGUUAAAGAAGGUGAACCAUAUAAUAUGUUUAGGGCUGAAGACAAUUAAUAUAACAAAAUGAUUCAGUAAGGAAUACUGUACGUUAUUUUUUUUAAUUAGCGUAUGCUGUGUUCAUGUACAUACCUGUAUUAUUUUCAGGGUCUGUGUUGGGACACCGAAGUAUCUUUUCUUUUUUCCUUUUUAAAAACUACUCCCGAUGUAGGAACAUUAAAAUCACAUGCACGACAACACUCAGAUUCAGGACAAGCAUUCAUGGAUCACAAAAAUGCUUGUCCUAUGCGGGGAUCGAACACGCGACAUGUCGCGCAGUAUUUUGAGCUUGUUGACCUCAACCACUCAGCUAUCCGUGUAGUCCAAUCUGAAAAGGUGGUUCAAUUUAAUCCGUUGAUUGAUUCAGAACUUAACUUUAAAAGGUGGUUAGUUUCUUCUAUGCUGUUUCUUUCAGGAUUAAGCGUUAGUUGUUAAUGUUGUUCGGUGCGCCAUUAUAAGUAUAACUCCUUACUUAUAUAUUUUAAUCAAACCAAAGUGAAUUUCUAGGUGUACUCUAAUGUAGUUAUAUAGUAAUGCUAGUCGUUAAUGAAAUUAUUUCUACUUACAUUCUGUGUUAGAUGGCCAGCCCUUAAUUAAACUUUAAAAAAGAUAAAACACGAUAAAUUUAUUUAUGCCGAUGACGAAAAUUGGAACUAAAAUUUCGUCAAACGAAUUUGACAGCUAUUGAAGUGAUGGCAGCGCUACUGGUGCCACUGUCGUCGGCAUUCAUAAAUUUGUACUUUGUUCUUGUAUGGAGAUGACAUUUCUUUACGACAAUUUAUGUGAUUUAGACUUGUCAAUUCCAUACAUUUGAGUGAUAAUUUUGUCAACGUUAAUCUUUGUAUAUCAUUUGUUUAAGAGGGCUUAUAUAAUUAUGGGUUCUUAACAAGGAUUGCUACUGUAGUUAAAGUAACUAUUGAGGUGUGCGAAAUAGAUGCCGCUCUAUAAAGUGUAGUGUGCCAUCUCUCUUCUACAUGUGCAAUAUUGGCCUUAAACCUCUUGAACAGUCUUGUUAGGGUAUUGUACCUACUUGUAUAUGUUUAAUAAGAACUGAUCACUAAGCUAAGUAGUGCUAAGAAGUGCCAAUUGUAUGUUGUAUGUUAUAAAUAAACAUUUAUUUAAAUAUG